CACAGCGAUCCUGGAAAUAUCAUUUGCCUAUUUAUGAUAUUUUCCUUUUUGCUCAUUUAGCGACAUUAUUUUUGGCAUUUAUAUUUUUAGUGUAGUUAUAUAUAAAUGGCCUUUUAUUUUUGGCCAUUUUUUCAAAACCCGCUUGUCUUUUUUUCUGGAUUUCUUCAACAACACAAACGUACUCUUCGUUAUCGGAGAAAAAACUUCUCUCUAACUCAACUUUGGCAUGAGCUGCAUUUAGGGAGGUUUUUCCUGGAACGAGAUGGAUGUUUGCAGUCCCUUGAAACCAGAUUGUAAACUAAAACACAGGCCUUUGUCCCCUCUUAGAGUUGUGAGGGGUGUCUUAUGUUUAGUAGUAUUUCUCUCGACAGCGUUCACGAUUCUUGUCUGUUUUGCUCCAAUCAUUGCUGUAUUAUUGCGCCUUUUGAGCAUACAUAUCAGCAGAAAAGCAACCUCCUUGCUCUUCGGCAUUUGGCUGGCCUUGUGGCCCUUCCUUUUCGAGAAGAUCAACGGCACGAAAGUGGUUUUUUCUGGUGACACCGUGCCGCCCAAGGAACGGACGCUGCUCAUUGCCAACCAUAAAACCGAGGUUGAUUGGAUGUACUUGUGGGAUCUCGCGUUGCGUAAGGGGUCUCUCGGACACAUCAAGUAUGUGCUAAAGAGCAGCUUGAUGAAGAUACCUGUUUUCGGUUGGGGGUUUCACAUUCUAGAGUUCAUCCCGUUGAAGAGGAAGUGGGAAGCUGAUGAACCGAUUAUGCGGAAAAUGCUUUCAUCAUUUGCUGAUCCUGCAGACCCUCUUUGGCUCGCCAUUUUUCCUGAAGGAACUGAUUAUAAUGAAGAAAAAUGCAAAAAGAGUCAGUUGUUUGCUUCUGAAACUGGACUUCCUGUACUGUCACAUGUGCUGCUUCCAAGAACAAAAGGCUUUUGUGCUUGCUUGGAAACUCUAAGAAGCUCUUUGGAUGCAGUUUAUGACUUGACGAUCGCAUACAAGAAUCAAUGCCCUUCGUUUCUAGACAAUGCUUUCGGCGUGGAUCCAUCAGAAGUUCACAUACAUGUUCGGCGCAUCCCUAUCGAAGAGAUCCCCGCUUCUAACACCGAUGCAGCCUCUUGGUUAACAGAAGCAUUCAGGCUCAAGGACAAUCUACUGUCCGAUUUUGACGAUCAAGGCCAUUUUCCUAAUGAAGGAGGAGAAGAAGAGCUUUCUACAUUCAAGUGCUUGGUAAAUUUUAUCUUGGUAAUUGUUUUGACUAUCAUGCUGAUUUACCUAGCCAUUUUUUCAUCUGUCUGGUUUAAAGUAUACAUCGGUUUAUCAUGUGCUUACCUUGCCACAGCUACUUAUUUUGAUUUUCAACCGAUGCCAAUUUUAUACUUUGUUCAAGCAACAUGUGUUUGCAAUAGAGCAAGAAUUGAAUAGCAAUUACAGGAGAAAUAAAAUGUGCAAAUUAC